AUGGCGCUCACAGGAGUAGGCCCGGCUUUGGAGCCGUUCGAUCUCGAGGGUCCUGCCCAUGAAGUUUCGGCAAGAUGGCGCAGGUGGAAGAGAUCAUUCCAGUACUAUGUGGAUGGGCAGAACAUAACAUCCGCGAAGAGGCAGAGGAGUCUGUUGCUGUACUUGGCUGGUAUGCCAGUACAGGAGAAAUUCGAAACGCUAACAGAAGAUGAGGACACCGACAAUUUAUUCGAGCGAGCUGUGAGUGCUUUGGACAAGGCGUUUGAGUUCGUGGCCAACAAGAGGUUCGAACGGUAUAAGCUUCGUCAGAUGUCACAACGGACUGGUGAAACAGUAUCUCAGUUUUCGACCCGUUUGCUUGGGCAAGGCAAAUACUGUGACUAUGGCACCGACAUGGAGGAUCAUGUAUGCGACCAGCUCCUGAUAGGGAUAUCGGACAAUCGCCUCAGAAAGAAAUUGUUAGAAGUCGACGACCUCACUUUGGCGGUGGCCUUGAAAAAAGGUCGCGAGUAUGAAACAACGGAGCAGCACGCACGUGAUAUGUCAACAUCGACAAUUCACACAAGUGCAAGUCACAGUGCAAGCCAUGAUGGGCAUGGGUCCAGUUCGUACGGUACGGGUGAAGCUGCACCAGGAAGUGUGAAUGCUGUGCACGGCGUACCCCAGCAAGAGUGUCACAACUGUGGAAAAGUUGGCCACUUCGCCCGCGACCGGAACUGUCCUGCACGUGGCCAAAGGUGUAGAAAGUGUGGUAUAAACGGUCACUUCGCAUCCAAAUGCAACGGAGGUGACAAACAGCGUACAGGCAACACGCGUCACGCUCCCAAGUCGUCGGGAAAGGCAAUUGGCAGCGCCACAGCUAGCCCCAGUAUCAACGAUGAAAUCAAGAAUGAGUAUCCUGGUGUGUUCAGUGGUGUGGGCAAGUUAAUUGGCUACCAAGCACGUCUUCAUGUAGACUCUGAAGUGCCACCUGUGGCCCAACGCCAGCGUAGGAUACCAUAUGCGUAUGAAACCAAGGUGGAUGAAAAACUUCAGGAGUUACAGCAAGCAGGAAUUAUUGAAGAAGCUGUGGGCCCGACGCCGUGGGUAAGCCCAAUUGUGAUAGCACCAAAGAAGCAUGGCGACAUCCGUUUGUGCGUGGAUUUACGCCGGGUCAAUGAAGCCAUCGUCCGAGAACGACAUCCAAUGCCAACAACAGAGGAGCUGCUGCAUGAAGUCAAUGGCAGCACGGUGUUUUCGAAGAUUGACCUGAAGUGGGGAUUUCACCAAGUAGAGUUGGAAGAAGAGUCCCGCUACCUGACAACUUUUGCUGCAAAUGGGAAGUUGUACCGGUUUCGUCGACUGCCAUUUGGUAUAAGUUCAGCACCAGAGCUGUACCAGAAGAUCAUCAGCGAUGUGAUCAAGGAUUUGGCCGGUUGCAGAAACGGAGCUGAUGAUAUCUUGCUACAUGCGGAAUCACUGAACCAGCAUGAUGUGAGGGUUCAUGCAUUGAUGAAUCGCUUGCAGCAGGUCAACCUCACAGUCAACCCAGCAAAGUGUGAGUUCGCUAAGAGCUCCAUUGAGUUCUUCGGCUUGCAGAUAUCUGACAAGGGCAUACAGCCAACUCCGGAAAGGAUACGAUCCUUGGCGGAAGCAUCCAGGCCAAGCAAUGCGUCGGAAGUAAGAAGCUUCCUCGGUACAGCCGGUUUCAGUGCAAAAUUCAUCCCUGAUUUUGCUACAGUUGCUGAGCCACUGCGUCGCCUCACGGUCAAGGGAGCUCAGUUCAAGUGGACUACAGAGCAACAGCAAGCGUUCGACCACCUGAAGCGACUACUGGUGUCCAGCUCAACACUGGCAUACUAUGAUGCUGAAGCGCCGAUCGAGUUAGUGACGGAUGCCAGUCCAGUUGGGCUCGGAGCUGUGCUUGUCCAGAAGCAGGAUGGUGUUUGGCGGCCAGUUGCGUAUGCGAGCAGAUCACUGUCAGCGGUAGAGCGGAGGUACUCGCAGACCGAGCGAGAGGCUCUUGGUAUUGUCUGGGCGUGUGAACGAUUUCACACCUAUCUGCUAGGCAGGGAGUUUACACUCUGCACCGACCAUAAGCCGCUGGAAGUGAUUUAUUCGGCAAGAUCCAAGCCCAGUGCCAGGAUCGAGAGAUGGGUCCUGCGCCUACAGCCGUACAGCUAUCGAGUCAAGCACAUUCCUGGAAAGACGAACAUCGCUGACGCUUUAUCUCGCCUGCCCGUUGCAGCGGCGGAUCCAGGAAUCAGCAGUGAUGAAGAGUCGGUUAGACUUAUCACUCAGACAGCAGCACCCAUCGCUAUCGGUAUCAGAACGAUUGAACGUAGCUCAGCUGAAGAUGAAGAGCUAUCUGCUGUUCGCAAGUGCCUUCGCGACGGAUCUUGGGAUGGUCUGCCAGCAGCAUACCGUCAGGUCCGAGGAGAAUUGACUGUUGUUGGCAAGGUGGUGCUCAGAGGUCAACGCAUUGUUAUCCCUACAGAGUUGCGACACCAGACCGUGCAGUUGGCACAUGAGAGCCACCAGGGCAUCGUGAAGACGAAAGAGCGUCUACGGUCCAAGGUUUGGUGGCCAGGCAUGGAUAGCGAGGCCGAGAAGCUCUGCAAGUCGUGUCAUGCCUGCCAAGUGGUUGCAGCGCCAGCCAAUGCACCGCCAGUCAAGUCCACUCCUCUUCCAGAUGCGCCAUGGCAGCAUUUGGCUGUUGACUUGCUGGGUCCACUACCGUCUGGCGAGCACAUUGUGGUGCUUGCGGAUUACUACAGUCGAUAUUUCGAAGUAGAUGUGGUCAAGUCAACCUCAGCUGAAGCUGUGAUUCCGAUGAUUGAAGCCCAGUUCAGCCGACACGGUAUCCCGACGAGUUUGCGUACAGAUAAUGGCCCACCUUUCAACUCGGAAGGGUUUGCGAAGUUUCUACAUGAGUGUGGUGUUCAACAGCUUCGUACUACACCACUGUGGCCGAGAGCUAACGGUGAAGUUGAGCGACAAAAUUGA